AUGGCAUUACCACGAUGGUCCAGCCAGUUCCUUGUCUUCUGUUUAAUUCCACUCGUUCAAGCAUACCACAUAUUCGAAACAAACUGUUCUGCCCCCACCACUUUGUCGAAUUAUGUGUCGGCACCUAACACUCGAGGCACUCUCGACAUAUUAUGGAGUUCUCUCUUCACCAUUUUUUCCUGCACAUGGGCCCUUCAACACCCUAAUAUUCCCGAACAACGCGAUGGACGUGACCCUGGGUGGUUUGGGGAUCUCAAAUGGGAUUUGAAUGGUCUCUGCAGGAGCAUAUUGCGGAUGCUUGUGACAAUUAUUGCUCCCGAGCUGAUAAUGGCUAUGGCUUCUCUUGACAUGUUAGAGGCACGCCAAGAUUAUAAAGGAAUACAUGAGUUCGUUGUAAAAGACGAAGGUACAUGUACUUGGAGCUUGAGCCACAUCUAUUAUGCAAAUAUGGGAGGGUUCGUUAUACGAAGCACGCCAACGAGCAAACAGAGCUACAACGAUCCAUAUCAUCUCGACUGUAAAAGCAUCCUUAAGCUUCUGCAGAAGGAAGUUAUUUCGGAAUUGCCUGAUAUAAAGGAGGAAGAAAUUAAAGACAAGUCCAAAGGCGAUAUGUUUGUUAAGGUAAUCGCAGUUGGACAGAUACUUUGGUCUGUCGCUCAGAUAAUUGCACGGGCUGCUAGAAGGCUCCCUGUUUCACCGCUCGAGGUUGGUGUUGUGGCUUUUGCUGUCUGUGCAAUCAUUAUACAUUGUCUUUAUUGGAAUAAGCCUCAGCGUGUGGGUGUCCCUCAAACCAUUCUGCAAUAUGGUGAUAAACCCAUACCAGAAGAAGUGUUCCGAAAUUUCGGAUAUACACGUCAUUACAGGGGUUUUACCCAGCUGCUGAGGUUUGAUGAACCUCUAAGUGGCGCACCGAUAAGCAUCGACUCUCAAAGGGCUGUAGGGGGCUUCGGGGGAGCCAUAUCUACGAUUAUUUCAACCGUUGGUGCGGCUCUGUUUGGAGACAUUCAUAUUGUUGCGUGGAACUUUGCUUUUCCAUCAAGGGUCGAGUUGAUUCUUUGGAGAUGUGCGAGCAUUUACACGGCUACAGCCCCUCUUUUCGCCAUUUUAGCCUUCAUCUGGAUCUACUCUAUCACACACGAUCAUAUCAAAACAAACAGGCACUUCAAUAAAAUGAUAUCUAUUUUUGAUGUAGGUGCUCUCUAUUCACUUUCAUGCAUAUACAUCGUUGCGAGGCUUUUUAUUCUUGUUGAGAUGUUUCGGACACUUUGCUUUCUCCCCCUGGCUCAUAUGUUUCUACUUGGACAUCGAAUAUUCCACAUGUUGCAUAGAUGGCAAUGUUAUGCGCCAUUCUUAUCCAUGUCUUGUCUAGGUCGGAUCUCGCUUGAGGUCGCAAUGGCCUGGGGUAGAUAUACAGCAGCUCUAGCUCUCAAUUUAUGCUUCUCACACACAAGAUGGAAUAAUAAAGUACUUCUCGUGUAUGUUUUAGAGCAUCUAUGA